AUGGCGUCGACCUUUCAACCCCCGCUGGGCAAGGUUGAUCUGUCCAAGAAACUUUCAGAAUUGCGGUCAAGCAACCGCAGGUCACAGCCUUCAACAGCCCGCGACUCAACCCCGACAACCCCUCCUCUGCCUUCGCCGCCCGACCUUUCAACACAUCAGUACCAGCGCCCCGUCCGCCGGAUCCUUUCUCACAAAGAUCAUGAGCUCUUCACCUCUUCAUCAACCUACAACCUUGUCCUUGCCUUCAUCUUCGGCCUGACUGACUCCGUCCGGGGCCAUGCCAUCACCGACCUCCCCACCCAACCCAAGUCCGAACCCAUCUCCAAGAUCUCUACAGUAGUGGGUCGAAUCCGAUCAUUACUUUUCCAGCACCCGGCAAUUGACCAGGGCGGCUCACGAUUUGGCAACCCGGCAUUUCGGGACUUAUUCGAUGCCGUCGCCACGCAGAGCGCAUCAUGGCAUUCCGAGAUCCUGGGGGUGGAGGAUGCAGCGGCGGUUGACGAGGCCUCGACCUACCUGCUUCACUCGCUGGGCUCGCGGGACCGCCUGGACUACGGCAGUGGUCAUGAGCUGAACUUUAUGAUGUGGCUGCUGUGUCUGUACCAGCUGGGGCACCUUCCCGCGACCGAGUUCCGCGCCGUCGUGUUCCACGUCUACAUCGAGUAUAUGCACCUGAUGCGCGACAUCCAAUCUACCUACUACCUCGAGCCGGCGGGCUCACAUGGUGUCUGGGGCCUGGACGACUACCAUUUCCUGCCGUUCCUCUUCGGAGCCAGCCAGUUGGUGGGCCACCCGUAUGUGACGCCGCUGGGGAUCCACAACACAGCGAUGCUGGACGAGGAAGGCGACAAAUACCUCUAUUUGGACCAGGUGCGGUGGGUCGACAGCGUCAAGACAGUCAAGGGACUCCGCUGGCACAGCCCGAUGCUAGACGAUAUCUCAGGCGCCAAGAACUGGUUCAAGGUGGAGAGCGGCAUGAAAAAGAUGUUUGUUAAGGAAGUACUGGGGAAACUGCCCAUCAUGCAACAUUUCCUGUUUGGAAGUCUCCUCCCAGCUGCUGACGGCAUGAGCGAGCGCUCCAAGGAUGAGGGUGCAGCGGACGGCCAUGACCAGGACCACGCCCAUGACCACGCGCACGGUGCGCACGAGCACUCGGACUGGUUUGGGGACUGCUGCGGUAUCAAGGUACCAAGCACGGUGGCGGCUGGCGCAGAGAUGCGCAAGCGCAUGGGAGGGUCGAACCUGCGGCCGAUUCCUUUUGAUUAG